CUCUCGGCCCAAUAAUAGCACACGGAGAGAAAUUUAUAGUAGUGGGUAACAUAAUUGUGGUUAGGGUGACCAUCUUUAAUGCUACACUGUAAAAAAGACCAAUGUUGAAUUACAAUCGGGUCGUUAAUUUUAAAUUUUCCAGUUUGUAAUUUUACUACGGUACACGUAAUAAUUUAACACCCAUAUAGUAUUUUCACAAUUAAAAAGUAAAAUUAUUACGCUUAUCGUUGUAAAUGUGUCACGCGUUAGUAAAUGUACAUCCCGAAUGUUAAAUCAUUUCGUGAUACAUUGGAAACUUUUCGCUUCACGUAUAUCGUUGUAUGUUAGCAACCCAACCGUAAAAAUAUUUUCGUGUGUUAAGUAACUUACAGCUGAUAGUUUUACCGACAGUAUGUAGAAUUACGUAGCUGUCUGUAAGUAUACAUUCGAAUAUGAUAUUUUUUGCCCGAAUGUUUUUCUACACUGCGUGACAAUGUGACACUGCGUGACAAUGCGCAUAUAGGCAAACCCACGAGGCAAACCUUAAUAUUUUAAUUUUAAUAAUUUAUUAAAAUUUCGACAAUUUUGCGAUUAAAGGAAAUUGGUAAAGAAUAUCUUCAUGGAAUAUCUUCAUAUAUUGCUUAAGCAGCUCGUAUUUUUUUAAAAUACGUAUCUUUUUUUCCUGUUCAGGUCGUUUGGUUUUCUGUCAAGGUUUGCUCAUAUCCUAACAAUUUUUUUUUGCAUUUCGUUAUUCAAUUACAAUUCAAUUUCAACAAUGUUCACUUGUAAUAUUUGUCAUUUACAAUUGCCGGCAAUUAAUUUAUACAAUAAACACCAAUUGAGUCAUGCUAAUGUUUCUGAAAAUCUUUUUGUUUGUUUAUACGAAAAUUGCAAAAAAACAUUCAUAUAUUACAAAAAUUUUAGAGAUCAUUGUAAUCGAAUGCACUGCAUAAGUGAAAAACAAGGUGUUUUAUUAAGUAUGAAAUUUUUUUGUCGACAAAGUAAUUGCAAAUUUUAUAGUACCAGUGAAUCUGUUUUAAAAAAACAUUUGUUAAAUCAUAUAAAUAAAGUGAGUCCUACUAUUACUUGCACUCAUCCAAAUUGUCCGAAAUUUUCUAAACCAUUUUUUACGAAGAAUGCAUUUAAAAUUCAUUUGUAUAGAUGUCACAAAGGAAAAAUUCAUAAUGGAGUCAUUAAUACUCAAGAAACUGCAUUUGACGUAAAUUUUGAAGAAAUUUUUGAAGAAAAUGACUUUUCAAUUAUUGAUUCGGACAAUUUAUAUGAUAAUGCAAAUAUAAAUAAAAUAGAUAGCGGUGGGGUGUUAAAUGAUAAUUCAAUUUUGGUAGACCAAAGUAAAGAAAAAAAAAAUUACGUGAACGAUGGUACGAAACAUUUAGCAAAAACAUACAUGCUUUUGAGUGCAAAACAUUUCACUUCAGAUGUUUCUCUACAGGCCAGUAUUUCAAGUAUAUCUAGUUUUGUACAAACAUGUUCUAAUGCAUUCAAAGCGGAAAUAGAAAGAAGCAACUUUUCUGAAACAGAGAAAAAAGAUAUUUUAAGCAUCUUUAAAAAUAGUUUUAAAUCUUGGAAUAUCGCUCAUGACAGUGAAACUAGUGUUUUAAGAAGCACACACUGUAGGAAAAAAUUUUAUGAAAAUAAUUUCUCUUUCGUAGAACCUAUUCAGAUUCCAUUAUCAGAAAAUUCUAAAUUCUAUCAUUACGUACCUAUAAUAGAAACAAUAAAGAUGAUGUUGCUCCAAGAAAAUGUAAGGAAAUACUGUUUUGGUCCUUUAACUUCAAACAAUAAUAACGUUUUCGCGGAUAUUAAAGAUGGAAAAGUAAUAAAAAAUAAUCCGUUUUUUAGAGAUGGUGCCCUGCAAAUAAUUCUUUUUCAGGAUGCAUUUGAAAUUUGUAAUCCAUUGGGUUCAUCAAAGGGGAAAUUUAAACUUGUUGGUAUAUAUAUGAACUUAGGCAAUUUACCUCCCUUUUUAAGAUCGAAAGCAGAUAGUUGGAAAUUAGUUGCUCUUUGUAAAGAAAAGUAUGUUAACGAAUUUGGAUGGACUAUAUUUUUAAAGAGAUUAAUCUCGGACUUACAGCUUUUAGAAUCAGAGGGGAUACCUAUUACAGUCGAUGGUGUUGAAAAACGUAUUUUUGCAUCCUUAGUAGCAGUGUUGGGUGACAAUCUAGGAAGUAGUGAAAUUGGUUGCUUUACGAAAAAUUUUAGUAAAUCAACAUAUUUUUGUCGAUUUUGCAAUAUCACAAGAAAAUCAUUAUUGUCAAAUGAUUUCACAAUUAAUGAUUUAAGGAAUCGAUGGAGUUAUACGGUAUGUUCGAGAAAUGCAGAAAAAACUAAAAAAUUAUGUUUAGGUGUCUCAGGUAACUCGCCGUUAAAUUGUUUAAAACAUUUUCACGUCUGCAACCCGGGUUUGCCACCGUGCAUAGCCCACGAUUUGUAUGAGGGUAUAGUACCCUAUGAUUUAAUGUUAAUUGUAAAAGAUCUUUUAAAGAAAAGAUGGUUUAGAAUCGGCUAUUUAAAUUUCCAUAUCCAAAAUAUUAAACUUUCUACAGAUCCUAGUGGAGACAAUGUUCCUAUUAUUAAUAUUAAGAAAAAUAAAAUUAGCGGGACUGCGACUGAAGUAAGAAAAUUACUUUUAAUAUUUCCAUUAGCCAUUGCACAUGCGAUUAAAAAUUCCGAGGACAAAGUUUGGAAUAUGGUUCUACUUUUGAGAAAAAUUAGUAGCCUUGUGUGUGCUCCUGCACUUUCGAUUGGUCAAGUAGCUCUGUUACAAAGUGUAAUUAAUGAAUAUUUAAAUUUAAGAAUAGAAUGCUUUCCAAUGGUGCCACUUAGACCAAAACACCACUUCAUAGCACAUUACCCAUCUUUAAUAGAAGAGUUUGGCCCAUUAAAACAUGUUUGUACACUUAGAGGGGAGAGCAAACAUCAAUUCUUUAAAAGCCUUAUAAGGCAUACGGAAAAUUUUAAAAACGUAACAAAAACUUUGAGUGAAAAACACCAAAUUAUGUCAUGUUUUCAUACAUUCGAUGAAGAUUCAGUAAAAGCAUUUGAUGCUGCAGAAUUUAAUUUAGAAAAUUUUCAGAAGUCUGUUGCAGAAGUAAUAAAAUCUUUUAUGAAGUCCAACAAUACAUUCUAUUAUGUGGCAUCAAAAAUUUCUUUUCGCGGUAUAAAUUAUUGCGAAAAUAUGAGUCUCUGUGUUGGUGUAUGUGAAACGGGCAAUUUUCGAGUUUUGAAAAUAAAACAUAUUUUAUUUAAUAAAAGGUGUGACACACUUUAUUUCGUUGGUUUCACAAAUGAAAUUGUUGAAAAUGAUCAACUCGGUAUCUUUGAAAUUAAGAAAAAAGGAAAUGAUUCAAAUUUAUCCAUUGUUCCCUAUUCCUCUUUGUUAUCUCCGGAUCCUUUACCAGAAAUACUCCUUUUACGAACUACAGUCAUUGUACCUAAAUACGAGCCACUGAAUCCACUACUCUAAGAAUCUCAUAUGCCUAAAAUUUUUAAAGUGUGGUCGCAUGAUAGAGGGAGUAAAAAGUCCGUGAUAGUGAAGACGGAGACAAAUCUUUUCAAUAAUUUCCUUAUACGAGCUAACGAAAAGUUAAAUAUUAAUGGGACGACAAUAGUUUUAAAUAAGGAUGGGACGGAAGUGGAUGACGACGAGUCAUUGGAUUUGUGGUAUCAGGAAGGUGAAAUAUUUAUGCUUCUUCAACAAAACGAAGUUUGGAAAGCUCCAUCUUUGUCAGAGAAUAAUGAAAAUAAUAAUGGUCCAUUUAAUGAACGUCCUUCUACACAACGUUCUACUUCGUCUUCUCCUUCAAACUUGCAGCCUUCAAACUUGCAGCCUGCGGUACCCGAAGAAAAUGAAGUUCCAAAUCCCGAUAACAAUACUGUCGAGAGUACGUCCGACGACCCAUGGGGAGACUUUCGAUUUAAGUGGGAUUAUUGUUCAGCAGAAUACAUCAAUAAAUUAAAAACUGGCAACAAUACAAAACAUACGAUAACUUACUUUGUGAACGAAAUUGUAUUUCAAAUGAGAAACAUAAAAACAUCCAUUCCUCUACGGGCAUUUCAGACUGUGGCUCAACAAAUCGUUGCAGAAUAUCCUAAAACAUUUCAGGAUAAAAGGUUGAAUAACCAAGUGUUGGGAAAUGGUUGUCACACAUUAUCUCACAAAUUAUUAAACAGGAAUAAUAAUUUAAAUAGACCAGAAAAUGGCACAACCUUAUCCAAGGAUUUGGGAAUUAACUGUAAAAGUCUCGCGGCUCUUAAAAUUGCCAGAGCUGGAUGCUUGCAUUGGCAGCCUGAUUUAAAACUACCUUUAGAAAAUUUUGAACAAAAGAGGAUUUUCUUACGAAAUUGGAUACUUAAUCAAAAUCAAGUUCUUGAUGAAAGACAGAUGCUGGCAAAUAUGGAAGAAGCGGAGAAAAAUUUCGUACUGUCAUUUGCAUACCAAAGAAAAUUUUUAAACAAUUUGUUACACCCGCCUACGUAUGAAGACAUUCAAGACUCUUGGCCAAUUCUUUUAAAUGAAAAAUUUUUUUUUUGGCACUACAAACUUCUAAUGGGCCAUGACAUUGAUUUGAUGGAUGAAGCAUUGGAAAGGUAUUCAGAACAAAUUAUCAGUUUUGGAUUAAAGAAAAACUUUUGCUCCAAUCGUGAAAUAACAUAUGAUAACGUCUUAACCGUAAUUACCAAACACUUUCAUGAAGACAUAACCCGAAUUUGUUGGGUGUAUGAGAAAAAUGAUCCGAUCGAGCAAUUAGAACCGCCAGAAAAGGCAUUCGGCUGGAUUGCAGUACAAAACAACACCAAUAAAAUGUCCUUCUGCAUAAAAAAUAAUGUGGUAUUCGAAGACUGUACAUAUCUUACGGCGUUUAAAAGCCUCUUCGCAUCUUUAUUUAUUUUUAAUCUAAAAUUCCCUGAGUCAAUUUCUGUAACAAUGGAUUUCAUCCAAAGAAUAUUCUUGAGUGUUAAACUUAGUGAUAACGAAAGUAAGGCUAAAUCACCUUCACAUUCUUUAAGGAAGGUCAUUUCUUUUUAUAAUAAAAUUAAAAGUAUCCACAUAAUAAAUGCAGAGGAAGGAGGAGUAGAAGAAGUACAAGAAGAAAUUGAAGAAGAAGAAGAAGAAGAAGAAGAAAAUGCUGCAUAAUACGGUACAACGCUACACCAAUAUAUUUUUUUUUUUUGCUUUUUGCAUGGGUGGAUACUUGUGAUAUUUAAAGACUGCAUGUUUCUGUAAAAAUAAAUGUGA